UCUUGGCCACAACAUACGCACAGAUUUAUCACAAGCUCUGGUCACGUCACAACGUAAUUAUUUGAAAUUUCUGAAAUAAUUACCUACUCUGUGGAGUCUGGACUGUGUAGUGUGUGUCUGUGUCACUGUGAUAGAAAAAAAAAAUUACUUUUGAUGUUUGAAGUGUUUUGAAUUAGCUCUAUGUGUGAAACAUGAUAAUAUAAUUACUAUAUUACUUGCUCUGUGAUAUAAUUAAUAAGUUUAGACUAAACAUAAGAUAAGAUAUGAUAAAAGAAUAAAAAUUAUUUGAUUCAUAAUCAAAAAAGAGUGUAACCUGAUAGUUGAAGUGAUAAUGAAAAGUUAACAUAAAUGCAAAAUGGAUAACUUGCCUGAAGAAUCUAAGUAUAUAAUAGAGACACAAGAGGGUCCUAUAUGUGGAUAUAUUGACAAAAGUGAUGAAGGGACAUAUUACAAAUUCAAAAGCAUACCAUAUGCAGAACCACCAUUGGGACGUCUCAGAUUUCUGCCUCCAAUGGUCAACAAGCCUUGGACAGAUUUACGUGACUGUACUCAAGAUGCACCAUUGCCAUUGAGCUUUUACUUGGAAGAGCAAAUUGUUGGUUCUGAAGAUUGCCUUUACAUUGAGGUAUCAUCACCCAAUGUUACGCCUGAAGUACCACUACCUGUUAUGUUUUGGAUCGGAAGCUUCAAUUUCAUUUUUUAUAUCGAUCAGAUCCUUGAUCCAACUUUAAUUAAUAAUCAAGAUAUUGUGUUCGUCAGAUGCGGCUUUAGAUUAGGACCUUUAGGUUUCCUAUCUGUAAAUGAUUUUGCUGCUCCCGGUAACAGUGGUUUAAAGGAUAUAGUCUUUGCUCUAAGGUGGGUGCAAAGGAAUAUUAGCAAAUUUGGAGGUGAUCCCAACAAUGUCACAGCAUUUGGAAGUAGUACUGGUGGUGCCAUUGUACAUUUAUUGAUGCUUUCGCCUAUGGCGGAAGGCUUAUUCCACAAAGCUAUUAUACAAAGUUCUAGUGCCUUGAAUGGAUGGUCAUUAGGAAGGAAUCCUGCAGAAGGUGUAGUAGAGUUAGCUAAACAAUUGAACAUUACAAAAACAGACAAAAUAGAAAUUGUGGAAGAGAUGCGUACCAUCCCAGCCGAAGAACUAAUUAAAGCAUAUGGUUCAUGUUUUAAAGCGGGCGAAAGAUUAGAAAAUGAUACAUUUGACUCCAUCUUCAAGCCUUGUAUAGAAAAUGACUUUGAAGGCCAGUGUGUUUUUCUUAGCAAGAGCCCUGCUAUCAUUUUAAAAUCUGGCAAAUUCAAUAAAGUACCUCUGAUUAUAGGAAGCAAUAAUAUUGAAGCAUCUGUUUUACAAUAUAUGAAGGCAGGUUUUUAUGAAGACUAUGAAAAGUUUAAUAAGAAUGUAAGUUUAUUAGUUCCAAAAACAUUGUCAAAUGUGAACUGUGAUAUUUCCAAAAAAAUUGGACAACAAAUACUAUCAUUCUACUUUGAAGGUGCUGAGAGUCUCAAUGAACUCACACGGAAACAAUAUUUGCAAUUUCUUACGGAUUAUUAUUUUCUAUAUUACAUGGACAAAACUAUAAGGAUACACAGUCAGGUUGCUCCUGAAUGCAACAUUUAUUACUAUGUAGUUCAUUACGGUGGAGAGUGGUAUGUGCCCAAGAUAUUAGACUUCUUUAAUUCUAUAGGACAUGCAGGCGAAUUACCAUUUCUUUUCAGAAUAAAAUCAGGUUCACCUGAGUCAUCAUCAUCACCUCAAUACUAUAAAGGAAGCCGUGACUCAAUCACAACAAGGAACAGAGUUAUUAAAAUGUGGACGAAUUUUGCUAAAUAUGGAAACCCAACUCCAACAGACAAUGAUGACUUGUUGCAAAUAACGUGGGAUCCUGUGGAAAAUGAAAAUAAGCUCAAUUUCUUAAGCAUAGGCGCUGAUUUGACGAAAGGCAGAAACCCGUUUUACGAACGUAUGAUGUUUUGGGAAAAAUUGCACCAAGAACAUGUAAUUUUAAAAAUAAUAACACAUUUUAAUGAUAUGGGCCUUAAAUUUUAGUUUAUUUUUGUAGAAAUAUUCUAUUGAUUUUUUUUUUGUUAACUGUUA